CCACCAGAAGAAGCCGAGCCGAGACUCCGAGCAGCAGCGCAGGCAGCAACGGCGAGAGACACACCGCACGAUUGCAUGGAAAAUCGCGACGCGGAAACAAACGCAGGUCAGGAUGACCCAGAGAGUGAAGAUGAGGUUUACGAGGUUGUGGACCUGACGGAAUACGCCCGGAGGCACCAGUGGUGGAGCAGGGUGUUUGGGAACAACUCUGGCCCAAUUGCUGAGAAGUAUUCCGUGGCCACCCAGAUCAUGAUGGGAGGGGUGACUGGAUGGUGUGCUGGAUAUCUCUUUCAGAGAGUUGGGAAGAUAGCUGCUACUGCUGUUGGAGGAGGGUUCCUUCUUUUACAGAUUGCCAAUCAUAGUGGCUACGUGCAGGUGGACUGGAAGAAGGUGGAGAAGGACGUGAACAAAGCAAAGAAGCACCUGAAGAAGAAAGCAAACAAAGCAGCCCCUGAAAUAAACACAUUCAUUGAGGAGGUAAAGGCCACAGACUUUAUAAAAAGGAACAUCGUCUUGUCUAGCGGCUUCGUCGGUGGCUUCUUUCUGGGUUUGGCCUCGUAAAGCCACCACUCAAGCUGCAGUCUCCACUUACUAUGAAUCACACCGCUGCACUCUCCUCUUCAUUGUUUACCUCUCGGCCUCAUGUGUGCAUUGAUUCACCUCUUAACCUACUGAACUGAAGGGGGGGGGGGGGGGGGGAUUACGUUGAACGUUAAAGCAUGAUCUGUUGUGACAUUGUUCUACUCCCCCCUGUUUUAAAACAAUCCUAGCUAAUUAUUUCCUUUCGGGAGGACUGAUUCUGAAGUGUGUGUGCGUGCUUGGAUUAUACUGUGAACACUUUCUUCUGUGGGACCCAUACUGGAUCUUUACUAGACUGCUGAAUAUGUCAAGCUGCUACAAACUAGCAGAGUCCUCACUGCUUUUUUAUCACUAAUCUGAGUCUUGUCCAUCCCCUCGUGGAUUUGCCUGAUGGAUGCUGAUCUCAGAUUGUUAUAAGUUGUCAUGUGUGGGCGCUGUUGUAAAUAUAUAGCCAACCCCCUAUUCAGAGCAGUAAAUACACACACAAGACAAAAUAUCAUGUGAACAACAUGGAAGGCAACAGAGUGGGAAGUUAACACCAUCCCCCAGUCUAGUGCCAAGAAGUAUUUUUUUAAUGUAGCUGUGAAGUUUGGCAAGUUUAUGUGCGAGUAAAGCGUGUAUGCAAACAUAAUUCAGCGUUUAAAGUUUGCCACACUGGCUGGGGGUUUAAGCAAAGUUAUUUUUCCACUCUGAACAGGAGUUAUUGUUAUACAACACAUAUCAUGAGCAUAAAUCCCAACUAAAUGUUGCAUCUAAAUUUUCUCUACUUAACACUGACAGGUUUUAAAUAUACAUCCUUUAUUCCCAUAAUCCUCAGCUCCACAAUGCCCUUUAAUGACAGGCUGAGCAUCUGCUGUACCCUAAUUACCACCGUCACAAGCUAGACACCAGUGCUGUCAUUAAAGCACAUAAUGGCACAGCGAUUGUGACUCCUACGCCCCUCGCUCUUGUCAUUGUGCAUUUAGUAGUGUCAGUGUAAUAAUAACACAACAGCGAUGCAGCAGAGUUGUGUAUCACGUUACCUAGAAAGGACAUCUACUCCUAGAAGUCCACUUAAGUUGAUCACAUGUUGCUUAUUUUUGCCUUUUUAUACAAGUGCAAUAUGCAGAAAUGUGUCAGAUCUGUGUUUUUUGUAGUUUUCUUUUUUGCCAUUUUGUAAGCUCAUAUUUCCUCAUUGUUUUAUUAAUUUAAAAAAAAUAUUUAAUGUUAGUUUGUUAUCUGAGCUGUAUGAAUUUGUUUGGGUGUCUCUUUUAAAAUAAAGUUGCCUGAUUUUA